AAUUACACUCUGACACAAGUAAAUAGCGUGCGUAAGAUCUGAUUUGUAAGAAAGUUUCAUAUUAUUUCAAUUUCUCAACAAACACACACACAAUGGCUCAAAGCAAACUCAAUGAUUUAGCGGGCAAGCUGGGCAAAGGUGGCCCACCUGGUCUGGGUGUUGGAUUGAAGCUAUUGGCGGCAGUCGGUGCAGCGGCCUAUGGUGUUAGCCAGUCCUUGUAUACCGUGGAGGGUGGUCAUCGUGCGAUCAUCUUCAGCCGCUUGGGUGGCAUUCAGAAUGAUAUUUACUCUGAGGGUCUGCAUGUGCGCAUUCCAUGGAUCCAAUAUCCAAUUAUUUAUGAUAUCCGCUCGCGUCCCCGCAAAAUUUCAUCACCCACCGGAUCGAAAGAUUUGCAAAUGAUCAAUAUUUCGUUGCGUGUGCUAUCACGUCCCGAUUCAUUGAAUUUACCGUUCCUGCAUAAGCAAUUGGGCGUCGACUACGAUGAAAAAGUGUUGCCUUCCAUUUGCAACGAGGUGCUCAAGAGCGUUAUUGCCAAGUUCAACGCCUCUCAGCUGAUUACACAACGUCAACAGGUCUCGCUGCUGAUACGCAAGGAGUUGGUGGAGCGUGCGCGUGACUUCAAUAUCAUUUUGGAUGAUGUUUCGUUGACUGAACUUAGCUUUGGCAAGGAAUAUACGGCAGCUAUUGAGGCCAAACAGGUGGCACAGCAAGAGGCGCAGCGCGCUGUCUUCUUUGUGGAGCGUGCCAAACAGGAGAAACAACAGAAAAUUGUUCAAGCUGAGGGUGAAGCUGAGGCAGCUAAAAUGUUAGGUCUGGCUGUUAAGCAGAAUCCAGCUUAUCUCAAGCUACGUAAACUACGCGCAGCUCAAAGCAUUGCUCGCACGAUUGCCAGCUCACAGAACAAGGUUUAUUUGUCCGCUGACAGCUUGAUGCUGAACAUUCAGGACUCUGGCUUCGAUGACAUGACUGAGAAGGUUUACAAAAUUGGCACCGGCUUGCCCAAGAAUUGGCUACAGGCACGCAAACUGGGAGCCGAAUCCAAUGUGGGCGAUGUGGCACGCAGCACCGCUGAGCGCAUGGUCUAAAUCCACGAUGAA